CGCCAGUGAGCGUGCCGAGUGAGAAGAGUGAGCGAGAGGAAAAGGGCAGAGGGAGCGUGAGCGAGUGAAAGGGUGAGAUAAGCAGAGAGAGCAGCAUCUCUUGAGUGCAUUCAGCUCGCAGCAGCUCAGGAGGCAGGAAGGCAGAGUAGACGGGGGAGAGCACCAGCACCUCACCAAAGGGGGCGACACCAUACCUCUGUCUCUCUCUCCCACUCUAUCUCUCUCUCUCUCUCGCAGACACACACUUUCACGCAUCACACACACACGUAUUUUGUGAGGAGGCGUGAGGCUCAGGAGGAGGAUCACCACACAAGCGCGCUGUUUCGCUGGCUUAGCAGCACUUUGGAGAGCUGUCUCUUGAAGACUGGACCAGAGCUGUAUCCAUCGCUUCAUCCAUCCUUCCCUUCCUUCCUGCUCUCCAUUCCUCCAACAGUGAAGCAGCUCCUCCGUCACGCAUUCCCUCGACCACUCUGGACUGAUUUGCUUUCCGUCAUUCAUCUAACCUCUGAUCUCGCCGGCUACUGCUUUCAUCCCAUUCAGCCAGGAAACCAAGAGCGCAGCCAGCAGACCGACUGAAAGACCCACCUUUCGACCGCAACCAUGAACUUCCUCCGACGCCGUCUCUCUGACAGCAGCUUCAUGUCCAACCUGCCCAAUGGUUACAUGACAGACCUCCAGAGGCCUGACCCACCUGCUCCUCCUCCCCCAACUGCCUCCUCCCCUUCCCAGCAAGGUGCACCUCCUGCCACAGCUCCUGCCCAGUCCCCUACCAAAGCUCCAGCACCAUCCCAGGCUCCGGCCAGCUCGCCCGCGGCUCAGGAGCGGCGCCCGUCCCAGCCGGCUCAGCAGCCUCAGCAGGCCCAGUCCUCCUCCUCUGGCGGUUCCUCUGGCUUCUUCAGCUCCUUCACCUCCAUCACCAAUGUGGUCAAACAGACUGCUGCGUCUGCCGCCGGGUUCGUGGAGCAGACGGCUCCUUCUCCUUCCCUCUCCAAGAAGUUCAAGAUUCUGUUGGUCAUUGAUGAGCCCCAGCAUGAGUGGGCUAAAGUGUUUCGAGGAAAGAAGGUCCUCGGGGACCAUGACAUCAAAGUGGAGCAGGCGGAGUUCUCGGAGAUCAACCUCAUCUCACAUUCAAAUGGAACCUGUAAUGUGGACAUGCAGGUCAUCAGGGGCGGGACCAAAGUGGUCAGGUCAUUCAGGCCUGACUUUGUCUUGGUGCGCCAACACGCCUUCAGCAUGGCCCAGAAUGAGGAUUUUAGGAACCUGAUCAUCGGUCUGCAGUAUGCGGGCAUCCCAUCAGUCAACUCUCUGGACUCCAUCUACAACCUGUGUGACAAACCCUGGGCUUUUUCCCAGCUGAUCAAUAAUCAGAAGAGGUUGGGUUCAGAUCGGUUCCCUCUCAUCGAUCAGACUUUCUACCCCAACUACAGAGACAUGAUUACAACGCCAAGUUUCCCAGUAGUGGUAAAGAUCGGACAUGCCCACUCUGGAAUGGGAAAGGUCAAGGUGGAUAAUGUCAGCGACUUCCAGGACAUUGCCAGUGUGGUGGCCAUCACUCAGACCUACUGCACCACAGAGCCAUUUGUUGACGCCAAAUACGACAUCAGGGUCCAGAAGAUUGGCGCUGACUACAAAGCUUACAUGCGAACAUCCAUCUCUGGUAAUUGGAAAAGCAACACCGGAUCUGCCAUGUUGGAACAAGUAGCCAUGACUGACAAGUAUAAACUGUGGGUUGAUACCUGCUCGGAGAUCUUUGGAGGGCUGGAUAUCUGUGCCGUCAAAGCCAUCUGUGGAAAAGAUGGCAACGACUACAUCACUGAGGUUGUGGGUUCGUCUAUGCAGCUGAUUGGUGAUCACCAGGCAGAGGAUCGCCAGCUCAUUUCAGAGGUGGUGCUGGCAAAGAUGACCCAAGCGCUGACCACCAGAUCAUCCAGUGUUUCCCGCUCACCUGCUCGCUCUCCUCAAGGCCAGAAGCCAACUACUGUGCAGCCCCAACAGAGUGCUGCCCUUAAGGAAGGAGUGUCAGAUCCAAACAGGACCUCAGGCCAACGCCCUCAACCUCAAGGUGCCCCAGUGAAAUCGCAGAGCGUGGACACAUCAUCAGAAUCAGUUAAGAGAGCAUCUGAACCAGUACCAAAGCCCAGCCAGGCCCAGAAACCUGGUUCAGGUCCAGCUCAGAAACCAGCUCAGGCUCAGAAACCAAGCCCAGUCCAGAAGGCCGCCUCAGUCACAAAGCCUCCAGUGCAGAGGCCUCCCCCGAUGACAAGAGCCCCAUCCGUCACAAAAUCAGCCCCAGAUUCUGCCUCCAGCUCAGCCAAAGCUUCGCCCUCAUCCCCGGCAAAAGCGGCUGCAGCUCCAGGCUCUCCCCCAACCAAAGCAGCAACAGCGGCCGCCGCAGUAGCUCCAGGCUCCCCUUCAGCCUCGGCUCCAGCCUCAGCCUCUGCUCCCGCUGCUACCACAGAGCAGCCCAAGCCCCAGCCCCAGGGCUCCCCGUCCCUAGCACCCGGCAAACCAAAAGAUCUGCCCCCUAAACCCACACCACCCGCAAAGCCCAUCCCUCCUGUGCGCAGGAAUUCCAAGCCGCAGCUCCAGCCAAAGCCACAAACCACACCUCCUCUGAAACCCAAACCCCAGCCCACUGCCCAGGCCCCGGCACCCACUCAGGCUUCAGAUACUGCCUCAGCCCCUGCCCCAGCACAGGUUCAGUCCCCAGCCAAAGCGGCCAGCCAAUCCCCUUCUAACCCCCAGUCUCCAGCUAAGGCUCAGCCUCAGGCCAAGCCGGCCUCUCCUUCUGACGCUGAGCCUGUCCCAGCUGAGGCAGCAGCAGCACCCACUGAGGGCGAAGAACAGCCCCAGCAGAAGACUCAUCCUCUGCUGAAUAAGUCCCAGUCCCUGACCAAUGCCUUCAACGCCUUCAGCGACUCCUCUUUCUUCCGCGGGGUCUCGAGCUCUGGGGGCGACGGCCAGGACGAGGCGAAGGCUGAGACCAUUCGCAACCUUCGAAAGUCCUUCGCCAGCCUUUUCUCUGACUAGACACAGUCGGUCAGCCCCGUUUUGAUUCUGGCCCCUUCGUUUACCGCUGGCCAGUGAUGACUUGAUUGACAUUAAAUGUGAACCAGUCUGAGAUUAAAGUUUGUGUGUUAACUGUACUGUAUUCCCUCCGUCCUAGUCCCUCUUCUGCUCCACUUCCAGCUUCCCUGUGUGAGUAACAGUGAGGCCUGCUGGGUAGGAUGUUCAGUGAAUGGAGAUGUGCCCGGGCGAUGGGUUUGAAGGAGUUACGUCAUUGAUAUAGAUAUAGAAUAGAAUAGAUUAGAAUAAGAUUGAGAAUAUUUAUUUUUCCCAGAGCACAUUUAAGGAACACAUUCUCAAGUAUAUUGAAAGUAUGAUACUGAAGACUACAGAUGGAAUGUACAUACAGUAUAUAUACAGUAUAUAAAUGCAGUAUAUAAAUAUAAACAUAUAUCAUUAUAAAGGGAAAUAAGCCAAUAAUAGACAAAAAAAUCCAGCGGCACUUUUCAAUUAGCUUUUGUCAGUGACAUAACUCUUUCAUUCAGCGGCUGGAUGUCUAUAAAUUUUAAAUAAUAUCAACAUAUUUGACAUUUGAUGGUUUCCCCUACAGUGAAUUAUUGUUGGUGAGUAAGUGACUAAAAGAAAAAAGAAAAAAACGACUUCUUGUAAGGGUUUGUUCCUGUGUAAAUCCCACCGUUGUGUCUCUGGUCCUCUGGGCUCGUCAUCGCUGCCCCUUUUUCUGUCUACAAGCCUUGAAGUUUCCUUGCUGUGUGAGGGAGUUGAUCCGUGUACGUUCAUCUGUGUUCACUUGUUAUGCAUGGCUCCUUCAAGUGGCUUGGUGUGACUUUUGGAGCAGAUGGGAGCUCUAUCAGUGUUGAGUUUUGCCCUCCGUUGCCUCUUUCUCUCUCUCUGGCUCUCUCUCUAUCUCUAUCUCUCUCUAGAUGUUGUAGCCUUAUUGUGAACAUGUUUUCGAUUCACAGCUAUGUUUGUUAGCUGUGCAGACCUGGGCCAGUUACUGCUUGAAAUGUAUUCCUUUACUUGAAUUUGUUGACAUUUAAAUUGCGAAAGGCAGCAUUGAUUGGAAGGAGAAUAGCUGUGGGAUUGGUGACUGGAGAGUAAAUGAGUGCAUUUCAACCAGUAACUCGUGUCUGUAGCUGUGACUGGUGAUUUCUUGUUUCACCUCUGUGUAGAUCUAUCAACAGUAUUGUAAUUUGUUGAUUAUUCUCAUGAAAAGACAUUGAGACAGUAGUGCAAUAACACCUCGACAUGACUGUUGAGCGCUGUCACCCUAUUAUAAAUAUAAGUAUUAUCAUACAUACGGGAUCUGUGUAUCUGUUAAAUACCUUAUUCUUACAUUCCCUUUAAGGUUCCUUUCAGUGGUGACUCUCCAGGUUGUUCUUUCUCUGCAGUUAGCAGCCGUGGGAUUAAUAUCCCAUAUUAAAGUGUUGGGGUUUGUCAUUAAUUACUUCAUGUCAGUAAGUGGACAGAAUUCAACACAACCUGGAAGUAAAGCCACAAACCUUCACUAGUCAUCUUCAGUUCAGCUGCAGCAUUUCAAGUGCAACCACUUCAGACCCGCAUAUCAAACUGUCUGCUAAUCCAUCCCCAGUACUCUGUUGCAAGUAAAUUAAAACAUAUUGUAUUUGUAUGUAAGUGUGAUCUCAGAAGUUUAUUUUUUGUAAUAUAUAUCGAUUGAUUGAUUUAUUUUUGAGGCUCCAUAUUUAUGGUACAGUAUAUAUAUUGUUUGUUUUGUAUUGUGUUUUUAUUUGUAAUGCAAUACUGCUUUGCAUGACGGUGGUGACUGAUGUUUCUUUUUUUUUCUGUACAGAUAAAAGUUAAUAAAGAUGUGGUUCCAUCAUU